CGCACGCGCCUCGUGGUGGUGGGCUCUACUCGUCAUAUCGUGAAAUGGGCGUGUGUACGGUAGCAUUCAUGCGUGUGGGAUUUAAGUGCGUUGGAGAGACAAGAGUGUAGUUCAGAGUGUAUAGUCUCACAUGCUACUAACUUUUACCAACAGUUUUAUAAACUAACGGUAAGACCAGGAGGAGAAACCCGUGCGCGAGAGGAAGAGCUGCAGAAGGGAACAUCAGGAUCCAGGAUGUCAGUCAGAAACAGUUCAGCCGUUGGCCGCUUCCAUGGUGCCGUCACCAGCAAUGGACAAGCAAUCCCUGAGAAGGUGGUGGAAACGAGGCAGGAGGGAUUCGGUCGACGGUGGUUACGGAAAGUUAGCCCUUGUUGUCACCGCAGAACGAGCACCUCUUAUGAUGUUGCAGAUGAAAUGGUCACGAUGGUGAAGGAAGAACAUGUAGUUCCAUGCCCUGAGCCUGCUGAACCUCACACAGAAGAGCCAGAUGAUCUGUCUUUGGUCAUACGCUCCGUAGACCUGCUUAGCUCAAAGACCAGCCAGAAUCGUAAGGAGCACCACACCGAACAAUAUCACGGCAAUGAGCUCAUCAUCCGGCGAGGCCAGACCUUUCAUAUCAUGCUCGACCUCUCCCGCUCUUUCAAUAUCAACACGGACAAGCUGUAUCUGGAGCUGAAGACCGGUCCACAGCCACUGGUGUCCAAGGGCACGCACAUCCUCAUUCCGCUCGUGGAGGAGCUGAAGGACCUGUGCUGGGAAGCCAAGGUUGUGGAACAGAAUGCCAAUAGCAUCAAGCUGUCAAUCAACUCGCCCUCUAAUGCCAUCAUUGGAAAAUACAAGCUCACAGUCAGCACCCAGCGUACAGGAAGCGAGUCUGUUAACACACAUGACCCCGAGAAAGACGUCUACAUGCUCUUCAACCCCUGGUGUGAAGGUGAUACAGUGUAUAUGGAUAACGAUGCUGAGAAAACGGAGUAUGUUUUGAAUGACACUGGGAAAAUCUACUACGGGACCGAGAAGCAGAUCGGCGCUCGCACCUGGAACUUUGGACAGUUUCAAGAAGGGAUCCUGGACGCCUGUUUGUAUGUGCUGGAGAAGAGUGAAAUUUCUCCAUCAGGUCGCGGGGAUCCAGUGAACGUGGUGCGAGUCAUAUCCGCCAUGAUCAAUUCCCCGGAUGACCUCGGAGUUCUGGAGGGAAACUGGUCUGGGAACUAUCUGGGUGGGACGCCUCCUACGGCAUGGAGCGGCAGCGUGGACAUUCUCAAGAAGUAUCAGAGUGAAGAAGGAACUCCUGUCAAAUACGGCCAGUGCUGGGUGUUCUCUGGGGUCACGACCACAGUUUUAAGGUGUCUUGGUAUUCCUUCUCGUAGUGUAACAAAUUUCCAGUCUGCUCAUGACACCGAUGUCUCCUUGACCACUGAUGUGUAUCUUGAUGAAAACCUGGAACCGAUUAAUUCCCUUAACUACGAUUCUGUGUGGAACUUCCACGUGUGGAAUGAUUGCUGGAUGGCUCGGCCUGAUUUGCCGCCCGGUAUGGGGGGUUGGCAGGCUGUUGACUCGACCCCCCAGGAAACCAGUCAAGGGACGUUCCGCUGUGGCCCCGCCUCCAUUACCGCAAUCCGCACGGGUCAGGUCUACUUGAAGCAUGACACACCUUUUGUCUUCGCCGAGGUGAACAGCGAUAAGAUCUACUGGCAGAGAGAAAUGGAUGGCACGUUCUCCAAGAUCCACAUUGAAAAGAAUGUUGUGGGACGCUGUAUCAGCACCAAGGCUGUUGGUUCAGACCAGCGCAACGACAUCACACACCUGUACAAACAUCCUGAAGGCUCGGAAGAAGAACGUAUCGCAGUAGAGACUGCCUGUCGCUACGGCACCAAGCCGAACGUAUACGCUUCGACAGGGACGGACGACGUGUGCAUGGAUGUUCGAGUGGAAGGUGAGGGGCCGCGCAUGGGUAGUGAUGCGAACCUCAAGAUCGUUUUGAAGAACCAAAGCGAGAAACCACGCAAGACCACGCUGCAUAGUCAGGUGGCUGUGAUGUACUACACGGGCGUGCUGAAGGACACGGUGAAGAGCGAGAAAAUUUCUGUGGAUCUCUUGCCAAAUGAAGAGAAAGUGAUAAACUGGGUGUUGCCUUACCAUCAAUAUCAGAACCAGCUGGUGGACCAGGCGGCGCUGAUGCUGACGCUGUCAGGUCGUGUUAAUGAAACCAUGCAGGUGCUGGCAUCUCAGACUAGCUUCAGGCUGCGCACACCAGACAUCCUCAUUGAGCCAAUCGGAGAGACCUAUGUAGGAAAGGAGGCAACAGCCAAGCUGACUUUCACCAACCCGUUACCGUGCACCCUGCGCAAUGUAGUCCUGAGGGUGGAAGGUCUCGGACUUAGGAACCUCCAUCCCAUCAAAGUGGGUGAUGUGAGUAAGCAUGCCACGGUGAGGGUGACGGAGCACUUUAUCCCCUCGGUCGCCGGGACGAGGAAGCUGGUGGCGUCUCUGGACUGUAAACAGCUCUCACAGGUGCACGGCGUCACCGACAUCGUCGUACACGAGAGCCAGUGAACGCUUAAUCCUCAGCUGAUGAUUUUUGUACACUGAAAAAAAAAAAACCAACAUAUACUGUAGUCUCCAUGUGAGUUUGUACUGUAAACAAAGAACAGAUCUAAAUUCUUUAAACACAUGAGCCUAACACUUCAUCAGUUCUAAGACCGGAUUGUAGUUGUUUCUUCAUUUUGAGCCAUAUUAGAUUAGUAUUAAUGAGGUUGUGCUGCUGCUGCUGCUGGACAUAGAAUUCAUUUCAGAUUAACAAUCUGACCUAUUUUAUUCUAAAUAUUAUGAAGAACUUUUAGGAAUGUAUUAUUGUUCUUUAGAGAUCCAUGCUUAAAAAUAAUUUAAUGGCAACAUUGUAAAGACAUUAAUAUUUUAGUUUGAAGAAACAUAUUUUAGAUGCAGAAGAGAGGGAGAUUUAUAUCUUUUUAACAUUAUUUGUACAACAGUUGGUUCAGACCGAGCAAUCUGACUGAAUAAUUUGAUAACGGACGGUAACACCACCGUGAUGGUUACCUUUAUUUAUCCAUAAGUGUCCCUGAUGUUCUACAAUCAUUAAUUACUCUGUCGUUCGCACAAUGGGUGAGCUUUUAAUUACACUGUCAGUUGUCCAGUUUUGCCAGUCGCGGAAGCAUAUGUGUUAAUAAACAAACAAAUCAUAAUGUGUUGAUAAUAAAUGAUGCUUGCAUAACUGUUAUAUAAAAGCAGUAUCACACCCGAGGUUGUACUGUACUGGCCGUGGCCUUGUAUCCAGCGAUACAGAAUGACCGCAGGUACGAUAUUGCUUUAUAAUAUUAUAUAACAUAACAUCAAUGAGUAGUUACCAUCUUUUCAUUAAACAGUGUUUACAAGUAAAAUAACAAAAAAAAUAUUUAUAUGGCCUUUAUUACUUAAAAAACUAACCAACAUAUGGGUGAAUUUAAUUAAUGUAGCUUCUACUUUAUUUAUCAAUUUGUAUUCAAAGAAAUGUAUUUUAUUGUUAAUAAAUUGACUUACUAAAACUGUUGCAUUCUUGAU